AUGGCAUUAAGUGACUCAAAUUAUAAGCAUUGUCCAUCUAAAGAUGAGUGGAGCAAAGUGGAGAAGAUUUGCAAUUUCUUAGGAGAAUUUUAUAAUGUCACUAAAGUCUUUUCUGGAACAAAAUAUGCUACAACAAAUUUGUACUUCCCUGCUGUGUUUUUAGUUCAACGAAAAUUGCUAACUGAAAAGGAGAGUUUGGAUGAGUUCUUGUCUAGCAUGGCCACUAAAAUGUAUUCGAAAUUCUCUAAAUAUUGGUCAGAAUUUAGCAUGAUCCUUGCUAUUGCUGUGAUUUUAGACCCUCAUUUCAAGCUUUAUUUUGUGGCUUUUAGUUACACUAAGAUUUAUGGGUAUGAUUCUAGAGAGAUCAAAAGGGUCCGUGAUAACUUGUUUAGUCUCUUUAAUGAGUAUUUGCAUGAUUCUCCUUCUCCUAUGAGCACAAAAGCCACUUCACAAACAGUUGGAAGUUGUUCUUAUGAAAGAGAAGAAGCACUUUGGACAAAAGAGAGUAGAGAUAUCAUGCAGGUAAUUUGA